CAAGGCGUGAUACAAAAUGCUCAGAUAGUUGAGUUCUCUCGUGGAGAGUAGAAGUUGUUUCGCUUCUUCUCUGUAUCGGAUUGUCGUUCUCGUCCAGCACGGUAGAAGCAGGACGAGCGGGAAAAGAGCAAUAGAAAAUAAAAAGCACGUUCGUCAUACGAACGUGCUUUUAGUCGUGUUACGGUUUGAACCCUUUGCACAGGGUCAUUGACGGAAAAGUGCAUACACGGGCAAAAAACCAAGAUUCUUGAAGGCAGGAACAGUGUUCGUGAACUUGGCUUGGCUGGUUUUUGCAUUGAUCUGUUCUUCUCACGUUUCUUGUGUCGCACGCGCCGUUUAGGGGGUGCCAUCGGCUCAUUUCAAAGGAGACCGCCGCUCCGGAGCACUCGCGUUUAGUUGGCGCGUCGUUGCCGCAUUGUCGUGACGCGAUUCGUCGAACGUACUGUGGCCCGUACUGCCCGUAGCCAGUCAGAGCUGGCUGGCGAAUGGCACGGAGUGGUGAGAGACUAGCAGUGAGGGGAAGAAAGUGACAGUGCCAGUCAGUUCUCGUUCGGACUCUGUGGCUCACGGAUCGCUCGAGGUUCUCUCCUGUGAUUUCAAAAAGUCAGAGGAGAAAAACGAAUGAACGUACGUUUUGCAAAACGAAGGACUAUACCGAUAGUAUGACGAUCGCGAGUGGUGUUCCCCAUCGAGACCGCGUCCGCAUGGGGUUUGUCUAGUGAACGAUACUCGUGAUUAAAUUCGGGCGCUGCGCAAAACGAAGAUCUAUCGUAACUGGUGAUACGAAAAUCAUCGUAGCACGGAAUGGUCGUUCAUUUCUGCCAUAACAUUCGGUCGAUACGCUCACGCGAUCGUGUGAUCAAUUGAUCACACGCCGGUGAUCAGGAAACGUGCGCGCGCACUUGACGAUCCGUUCUUACGGAGUAUCUUAAUAGUGAUUAUUACCAGUGACUUAAAGGAUUUGCGAUUGAUUUUCAUGUCAUCGCUUUGCGCGAGAAAGUGAAUUUAAAGAAGAGACCGAUGGUGAACGUGGUUUAAACGACGGGUUAUCCACUGGUGAUCAAUUGACAUUUUCGGCGGUCCCGUUGAUUUUCUUGACGUCAAACGGUACCAGAAAAGGGCAGCAAACUGUACGGGCACAGGCAGGAAGACAUGCACACGAUGGAGACGGACAUGAAAGGUGGCAGUCUGCAUGCUCAGAUGCCACCGCAUUCGCACCAGGGUGUAUCGUCGAUGGGUCAUCAUACGGGGAUGUCUUACGGACCUCUGGGCGCUAUAGCUCUAGGCUCUCACAGCUCUGCGCUAUCAGGAAGUCCACCUAGCGCGGGUAGCUUAGGUCUUGGUCUUCAACAUCACCACCAAAGUCCUCAAAGUCAUCAUUACGCGAUCGUCGCCGCAGCCGCUCAACAGCAACAACAGCAACAGAGCAUGCACGCAAUGGCAGCCCAACAAAGCGCCCAACAACAGCAACACCAUCCUCAUCAGCAGGCUCAGCAACAACAAACACAAUCACAGCAGCAUCAUCAGGCUAAUAAUCAUAGCAAUCCAAAUAAUCCCAAUAACCCCAACAAUUCUGCCAACGCUAAGAAUAAUAAUAUAGAUCGCGUAAAGAGGCCGAUGAAUGCCUUCAUGGUAUGGUCGCGUGGGCAACGACGCAAGAUGGCUCAAGAAAAUCCUAAAAUGCAUAACUCUGAGAUAUCAAAACGUCUUGGUGCUGAAUGGAAACUGCUCAGCGAAUCAGAAAAGCGUCCGUUCAUCGAUGAGGCGAAGCGGCUGCGCGCCGUGCAUAUGAAGGAGCAUCCUGAUUACAAAUAUCGGCCGCGCCGUAAGACAAAGACCCUAAUAAAGAAAGACAAGUACCAGCUCGGCGGAGCUGUUGCUGGCAGUAUGCUCGGCGUCGAUCAGCGGCAAGUCGGCACCAGCGGCGGACCACAGCAACCGCAGUUGCCGCGCGACGUAUAUCAGAUGCCCAACGGCUACAUGCCCAACGGUUACAUGAUGCACGAUCCGAGCGCGUAUCAGCAACACGUCGCGUACAGUAGUCACAUGGGUGGUGCGGCGACCGCCGCUUCGGCCGUGGCUUAUGGCCCCAGGUAUGAUUCCAUGGGCCAUCAUAUGGGUGGCGGCAGUCCCAGUUCUCUCAACAGCUACAUGAACGGCUACAGUGGAUACGGCGGUACCACCGUACCCGGCGGCUCACCAUCACCUUAUCAUCAGGCUCAACCGGGUUCUCAGAUGUCGAGUCACAGUCCUAGUGGAAGCAGCAUAAAGUCCGAGCCGACGAGUCCGGCGAGCGGCGGUGGCAUACAUACGCCGACGCCGACGGGUGGUCCGACGACGACGGGCGCGGCUGGUCCUGCCGGCCAGGCCGUCAAGCGAGAAUACAUGGGCCAGCAGCAAACGAGCCAACAAACAUCAGGCGAUCUCAGGCAGAUGAUCUCAAUGUACCUGCCACAGGGCGUCGAGCAGGGAGUCGUGCAACACGGCGGCGGCGUCUACUCACCGGGUCCAUCACCUGACUCUUUGACGCAGCACCAUCCGACCAUGCAGCCGAUUGCACACAUGUCAGAUAGCGAUCGUAAAAUGUUGAACCCGGAAACCGGCUGCUACUCCGAAUCCGUACGGGCAUGGUAUCAGUGGCUGGAGAAAACACAUUACGUGACGCUGGGAUAUGAUUCGAGAACGUGAAGAAUAUUCUUGAAUGAAAAUUCAAACGCUGCAUUUUAUAUAUUGUUGGAGAUUAUGAGACUUCCAUGUGCUUAUAUGAGGCACAUAAUAAUUGUUAUUAUUAUAGCUAUACGUAUAAGAUCGCGCGCAAUUAUCGUUACUCAGCAUCGUCAAUUAUCAUUAUCGCACCUGCAGUAAGUGCAGGCAUUUGAAUAAUUCAUGCCGCUCGCUCAAAAGCAUUUAAGCGCGCUGUUCUCUUUUUGGUGUAGAUCGGUAUGCAUAAAUAAGAGAAAGUUUCUAGAAAUACGGGAAUUCAAAUAACUCUAUGCCCCUCGUCAUAAAUCACAUUUACGUCAUAUAUAUAAACGCUAAUUGCAUAAUUCUAUUCAAAUUUACUGAUUUGCGAAUAACAUCCUUAACAAAAUAAAAUAUAUACUUUUAUAAAACAAAUGAAAAAGUAUA